CAAUUCCCCUCUUCUUCCCUUGCGGAUCAUUUUCCAGAAACACCCGUGGAAACUUUAUUCUCCCGGACCGGUAGGUUUCUAUAUAUCAUCCACUGUGCCGCUACAUUAUACUGUGUAUACUCUCUUGCACAGCCGUGAGAACUACUUCAAACCCUCCACACUACGUCGAUCACCCAAGCCUGUACUGUCGACACCCGGUUUCGCAAUGUCACUACCAAAGACCACCGACGCCUGGGUGAUCCAGAGUAUCGAUAAGGAAAAGGGCCUCCGGGGUAAUUUGAAGCUCGAGAAGGGCAAAGCCAUUCCAGAACUCGGGGAGAAUGAUGUUCUGGUCCAAAUCCAAGCCGUCUCACUAAACUACCGGGAUCUGGUCAUCCCUCUGGGCAUGUACCCGCUACCACUCGGAAUUCCGGUCGUCGCCUGCUCAGAUGGAGCUGGCAGAGUCCUGGCUACGGGCAAGAAGGUCAAGCAGUUCGAAGAAGGCGACAAGGUUGUAACACUAUUCAACCAAGCUCAUCAACAUGGUCCCAUCACUACCGAAGCACUCGGGACCGGCCUCGGCGGUGCCAUCGACGGCACGUUACGCCAGUAUGCCGUCUUCGCUGAGUCUGGUCUUGCACGUGCUCCAUCAAACCUCUCGCCGACCGAAGCAGGGACACUAACCUGUGCUCCUCUAACGGCAUGGAACGCCCUUUACGGCCUCGAGUCUAAAGCCCUCCAGCCUGGACAGACCGUCCUGACCCAGGGAACGGGAGGUGUUUCUCUGGCAGCAAUCCAAUUCGCGAAAGCCGCCGGCGCCACCGUCAUCGCAACGACAUCAUCCGAUGAGAAGGCCAAGCGUCUAGAAAAGAUGGGCGCGGACAUUGUCCUCAACUACAAGACCGACCCCAACUGGGGCGAGACAGCCAAGAGGUUGUCCCCAGGCAAGGCCGGUGUCGACAUCAUCGUUGAAGUCGGCGGUCCUGGCACGAUGGCUCAGUCUCUGAAAGCAAUCAAACUCGAAGGUGUCAUCGCAGUCAUCGGUUUCCUCGGCGGGCCAUCCCAGGACGAUCCAGGCACCCUCGCCUCUUUGAUGGCUGGGUGCAUCAUCCGCGGCAUCCUGAUCGGUUCCAAAGCACAGUUGAACGCCAUGAACCGCGCGAUUGACGCCAACAACAUCCAUCCAAUCGUCGACGAGAAGGUAUUCAAAUUCGAAGACGCCCCAGACGCGUACGAGUACCAGUGGGAACAGAAGAACUUUGGCAAGGUGGUCAUUCAGCUAUAGCCAGUAGCCCACCUUGAUAUCACAGAAAAACUAGAGCCGUAGAUCACCGAAUGGGGGUUUUUUGAACGCUCG